CUCAAAUUCUCAGAAAAGGAAACAAAUCCGACGCUAAAACCGCCCUCCCUCUUGCAGUUAAGCUGCUCCAAUCGUUUCACCUAAUUUCUUCCCCCCUCCCCUUCCUCUCCUCCUGCUUUCCUCUGCAUCUCAUUUACUAUUUCCUGCAUUCAAUUCCCAUUCAUUUAUUUUCCUCAUUUCUCCAGAGAGAGAGAGAGAGAGAGUAGUAAUAAAUUAGUAAUGCCACCACUCCAAAUACUUAUUUCAACUGUGUGAGUUAGCUUUUCUGCCUGCUGCUUUUCACACAGUCAGAGUGUUUUAGUGUGUGUGUGUGUGUUUUUUUUGAGAAGGUGCUACUAAAACGAUGCCGUUGGUGAGAGUGGAGGUGAGAAGCGAGUACGGACUGGGAGCUCCGGAGCUCUAUGCGGAGGCCAACAAGGAGGAUCCGAAGGCCGUUCUCGAGGGCGUCGCCGUUGCUGGCCUCGUCGGAAUCUUGCGUCAGCUCGGUGAUCUCGCUGAGUUUGCAGGAGAGGUUUUCCAUGGCUUACAGGAGCAAGUCAUGAUAACAUCUUCUAGAAGCCAUAAGCUGGUGGGGCGUGUACAAAGAAUUGAGGCCGCACUUCCUCGACUUGAGAAGUUAGUUUUGGCCCAAAGGAGUCACGUGCACUUUGCCUACACUUCAGGUGCCAAUUGGCACUCCCGUCUCCGAUGCGAACAAAGUCAUUUUGUAUGUAGUGACUUGCCAAGAUUUAUCAUGGAUUCUUAUGAACAUUGCCGAGGGCCUCCACAUUUGGAUUUGCUUGACAAAUUUGAUCCCGGUGGUCCUGGAUCUUGCCUGAAAAGAUAUUCAGAUCCAUCAUUCUUUAAAAGAGCUUCAUCUGGGUCUGAUGGAGCAUAUACUGAUAAAGUCUUAAAAGAGAAGAAGGGUCGAAAAAUUAAGAAGAAAAGAUCUGUGCUCAAGACUGGAGAACUGUUGCGUGGUGCAUCAUUCUCCAAUACCAGCAGCAGAACGCAAUUUGCUUCACAAAAUACUGAUGGCCAAACAUCCCCCUUUCAAACAGUCUCGAAUUAUGGUGUGGCAAAAUCAGACCAGUCAGUCUUUUUAGGUUCAAGGUAUUGGUCAGUUGACUUUGAUGGAUCAUCACGACCAAGUUACUCAAUGCAUGAUGAGGAGCCUGCGUAUAAUGGAUCUCCAUUGUCUUCUGCAAUGAUGCAAUGUAAUGACUCGAAUUAUGGUGUGUCAAAAUCAGACCAUGGAGACCAGUCAAUGUCUUUAGGUUCAAGGUAUUGGUCAGGUGACAUAGAGGGUUUAUCACGUUCAAGUUACUCGAUGCAUGAUGAGGAACAAGCAUACAAUGAAUCUUCAUCGUUUCCCACAGGGAUGCCCCAUAGUGAUUCCAAUAAUUUUGUUUUAGUGGAUGGAAAAGCUGCAGUUGUGGAUGACUCUCAGAGUAGCUUAUCAGGAGAACAAACUGGUCCCAGUUCAUUUUCUGUCACGUGGGAUGGAAAGACAGAAAUAUUGGAGCCUGCAGGUACGGAAUAUUAUCAUGAUGAGACUGUCAGGACAUUGUCUAUGAAAUUUGACCUUAUUACUGAGGAGAGGGGAGCCGUUAAUCUUGAAACUCCCAAGGAAUAUGAUCAUGAUGAGAAUCUGGAGGCACUAUCAACAAAUUUUCAUGGAGAAACCGGGAGAGGGGCUAGUCAUUUAAAUACUGCCGGGGAAUAUGGUUAUGAUGAUACUUUAGAGGCACAUCCUACAAACUUUAACACAGAAACUGAAGAGAGAACUAGUCAUCUCAGAUCUGCCAAUAGAUAUGAUCAGGAUGACAGUCUAGACACACUCAUAGAGAAAUUUGAUGGAGAAACUGAGGAAAGAGGAGUUGUUCAUUUCAAAACUGCCAAGGAACAUGAUUAUGCUCACACCGCAGAGACAUGGUCGAUGCAUUCUGAUGUUGAAACUCAGGAUAGGGAAAGUAGUCAUCUCAGAGCUGCCAAGGAAUAUGAUCAUGAUGCGAAUCUGGAGGCACAUUCAACGGAUGUUGGUAUCGAGGAAAGAAGAGCUAUUCAAUUCAAAGCUGCCAAGGAAUAUGAUUUUGCUGACACUUCAGAGACUCAUCCUAGGGAAUUUGACCCAAAAACUGUGGAUAGGGAAAUAAGUGAUGUCAGAGGUGCCAAGGGGUAUGAUCAUGAUGAGACCUUAGAGACACGUUCUGUCGAUUUUGAUCUGGAAGGUGAGGACAGGGAUGAUAUUCACUUGAUAAGUGCCGGCCAGAUAGAUAAUAAAGAAUUCUCCAUUCCUGUAUCUGGUAAUAUCCAGCUUGAUGGCUCUAAAAUUGAAGCUGUUGGUCAAAUGAAUGCCAAACUUGGUAAUGAAGAUGUGCCAAUUCAGACCUUUAGUGAUAUACAGCGUGAUGACAUUGAUAGUGAGACAGACAAUUAUGUUGAUGCACUUAACACAAUUGAAUCAGAGUAUGAAACAGAUACAGAUGGCCCAAAUAAGCAAGAGGUAGAGCAGUAUUCUGAUUCAGAUAAUAAAGCAGUAGAUCAUGGCCUGGAUAUGUUCACAACAGGGCAUUCUGGUAGUCAAUCCUCAAAUGCUGAAUCUGUUGGUACUACAAGCUGUUUGCCAAGUAAUGGUACCCUGGGAAUUGACGUUUACCCCCAGUUAUCUGAAACUUGUUCUGGAGGUGCAGUAACAUCUGACGGUAUAAUCAGCUCAGUACCCUUGGAAACUUGUGCCUUGGUGCAAUCUUCUCCUAUGGCUAGUAAAUCUCCGGAUUCAGGCAGUCUGCCAGAUGCUGGUUUUUCUGAAAUUAGUGACACUCCUGGUAGUUCAAAUAUCACUUCUGUUACAAGCAAUAUAUCCUCUGACUCCAAAAAUCAAAGUUCAGGUGUUCGAGUAUGUGAUAAGAUUUCAGGCAUUUUUUCUGAGCUCCCAAAACUUUCGCCUGAACUUUCCAGUGUUACUUCAGCUACAUUCUGGACAAAUGGUGGCUUGCUAGGACUUCAGCCAUCAAAGCCUCCUGAUUUCAGCAUGCCUACCCCAUCUAGCGAAGUUGAGAAGAGUAAAGAUGACAGAAUUGGUGCUUCAAUCCUAAAGUCAGAUAUUACAGAGGGGAGAUCUGGAAGUGUUGAUGAGUCAGCUGUCCCUGAAUGUUCUACACCUUGCCAGGAUGAGAGAAGGGGUGGCAUCUUAAUGAAAAAGGCAUCAUGGUUGUUUUCAUCCGCUGAUUUAGGAGUCAAUCUGCAAAAGUUAAGUGAUCCAUGCAAUCAAAGCUAUAUUGAUACUUCCCAACAUAAUGGUAAUAGUGAAACCUAUGGAACUGUUGUGCCAGUCAGUCCACAUACUGCAUCUACUAGAGGCAGUCUGGAGAAGAGUAGUAAUUCAUCUCGCAUGUUUGAACUUGGCAAUAAGCUGCUUACGAAUGGAUUUCAUCAAAAGCCGUCUUUUGAGAAGGAUGAUAAUUCAACCAGCUCUCCAAGUGCGGUUGUCUCUGAGCUGAAGAAUGGCAGCCAAAAUGUUAAUGUUAGACUGAUCUCUGGGAGAAGUAAAGACAUGCUGAGCAGUAUCUCCCCCCUUGUGUCACCUCCUUCGUCGCCACCGCUUGGACAUAUGAAAAUCUCUUUUCAGCCAAUCAAUGGAUUUGAGGAUCAUAAACUGCAAUUGAAAUUUCCUGAUGGCAAUGUUAGUAAUGGAAGUGGCAGAGAUAUGUUUCCUUCAUUUCAGCUGGUUCCAGAGCCUAGUAUUCCGUUGCAUGAUGCUGGUUCAGACUCAGAGGAUGAUACAUUCUGUAGAUCCUCGCCGUAUGGGUCAGAUUGUCCUAGUCGUCGCUCUGAUUCAAAUUCUGAGCAGUGGGAAUCUAGUGAAUCUCCCAGUAGUAAGGAACCCGAGUUAUAUGAUGCUCUGCGCAGAAUUUCAUUCACUGACCCAGUUCCAAUAUAUGGGAAUACUGGAUCAGCUGUCCAGGGAGAAGUGAAUAACAACUUCAGACCUCAAAUACCUUUAGCUAGAAGUAGUGUGGAACAUUCUCAAUCUGGUCACUUGUUCGAUCUCCCAAUACUGGAUACCCUUCAUCCUUCAUUCAUGGAAGGAAACGAUUGUGAUGUGAAUAGCCUUACUGAACUGCAGUGCUAUAAGGAGCCUGAUCCUUCACCUCCACCUCUUCCUCCACCACAGUGGCGUGCUAUGAAACCGCAAGCAGAGAUUGCAGACAACAGACAAGUUGUCUUAUCUGAGAAUCUAGGUUUUGCAGUUGAUCACAUGUUUGGAUCUACCAUUAGUCAGCACCCAAAGCCAGCUCCCCUUAAGCAAGAACAAAUUAUUGAGGCUGCACAUACAAUGAAAAGCAAGCAACCAGACUUGCAGAAAACAACUAGGCAAAAAGAGGUCAAUCAAGCUGUGCUUCGGAAGGAAAUUGAAGAAAAUGACUUUUUGCAUCAGAUCAGGACAAAAUCAUUUAAUCUCAGACGAACUGUGACGGCUAAGCCAACAGCCACAGCAGUGCCGCCAACAGGUAUCCAGGUUACUGCACUUCUGCAGAAGGCAAAUGAAAUUCGCCAGGCUGUCGGAAGUGAUGGGGAAGAUGAUAAUUGGAGCGACACUUAAAAGAGUCUUCCAAAAGCGGGAGAUUUUAUAUGCCCUACAAAACCCCAUGUCCUGUCGUAGUUUAGAGUGCCAGAGUCAGGUAAGGCUGUAAUAUAUUUCACCUGCAUGUGAAUAGACGACAUGAUUUUUGUAUCUAUUUUUGUAGGUCAUUGUAUCGUAAUUAUUGUUACUGAUAGAAUUGAUAGCUAUAGUUUAGGUUGUAAAAUUAGUUAAUCUGCCACUUCUUGCAAAUAGUUCCGACCCCCGGAGCCAGAAUAGUUAUACGUGAAUGCAAGAAAAUGAUGGUGCAAUUUCAGGACUACAUAUUUUACCCAAAUAAAGGAAAAAAGGUGUCAGGAAUCCAUCAAUUCA